AUGGCUUCAUGGAACCCGGCAUUCAUGCCAAACUCAGCCACCGACCUCCCGGCACAACCCUUACCGACUGACGACACCAUCGCGGCAGACACGGCAGAGCACUCGAGCGGCGUAGCUCAAGAUGGCUCGGAUUUCUGGGGAAUCAACGGAGAAGGAGAAGGGAAUGCGCCCGCCCAGAAUGACGGAACUGACGCCUGGUUCCCCAACUAUGGAACGGGCGAUCAUAUGACGAAACCCACGACUGAUGCGCAAGCUACGGCCCAAAUACCCAGUGAAACUGAUACGAACACUCCCGAUACGGCUACCGAACAGACAGAGACAGCGCAUGUAAUUACAAAAGAUGUCGAAGCUGUAGAGCCAGCUCCUACUCAGCCUGAAGCUCCCGAGCCCAUUGUCGAGGAUACACAAGCUACCGAGGCGGUCUCUGAAGAUGCCGCCACCGCCGACAUUGCCCCCGAACAUACUGAGCCUACCGAUGCUGCCACAAAAAAGGCCGACACGGACGAACCGUCCGAUGUCGCUUCCAAGCACACGAGUACAAUGUCCUUCACUCGAACCAUCCCCCAUGAACCGAGCUGGAGCGAUGACGGCGAUCCCGAGUGGAACCUCGCACGCGCGGAUACGGACCCCUUCAAGUUCUUGCCAGCAAGCGACCGGACCAACUCCUUCCCUCCUGUUCCUCCUCUAGAGCAGCACGAGCAACAGCAAGAUGAGCAACAGCAGCACGAGCAACAGGAACACCAGCAGCAGCAACACCAAACCGAGCCUCAUUUGGAGCAUUCACCAAUUGUUCAGCCCCAGGUUCCGGAUUUCCUUCGUGACGACGACGGAGGUGGAGACGGGAACGUUACUCAGCAGUACAUGGGUGGUGACCUUGGUGAUAAGGCCACCGAGGCGCUUGAUGCCCGUUUUGAAGAGGGUGUUCCCCUGAUUGUGCAUGAUGGAAACACGACAGCUCAGCGGGAUGAUACAAAGGACCUAUUUGGGGCAGAGGACGCCAAUGACGAAGACGACUUUUUCAGCCAGGUUCAGCAAGGAGGUGCCGGUGAGACUGAACAUGAGCCGCAGCCUCUGGAACGCAAGUCGACGAUGCAGGUAUUGGGCGCUAUGGACAUGGGCUCCGUCCAGCCAAGUAUCGAUACAGUGGAAGAAGAACCCGAGGAAGAGGCGGAUACGGUGGUAGAGGCGCAUGGCCAGGACCAUUUCGAUGCAACGACCACAGAUCUCAACACAAAUGACAAUAACGAGGAGCAGAAGCCAGAGGAACAGAAGCCAGAAGGCGAGGAUGUCGAGGCCAAGUGGAAGGAACUGUUUGGCGACGACGAAGAGGACACCUUGUCACUUCUUGAUGAUUCUACGGAGGCGUCGAAUGAGAACAAGGAGAUUGACCCGGCUGCCUUCUUUGGGAGUGAUGAUGAGGGCUUUCUCGACGAUUCAGAGGAGUUCCCAACAACGGAAACAACCCAGCCCAGGGCGCCUAGUGUAGCCGGCUCCAACACCACGACAACCCCUACCACCCGGUACAUGCCUCAGACCCAAACUCCGGGCCUGACUGGAGCCGCGAAUCCUUAUGCUCCCGCUCCGCCACCGCUAACUUCGGCGCCGUCAAAUCCCUACUUCCCGGGCGCGCCCAGCACGGUUGCGCAGACACCUUCUCUUACGCCCUUUGGUGCCCCUGUUUCGGCUCCUCCUCCAACCGGGAGAUUUGGUUACGGCGCGGUUCCUCCGCCACAGAUUGAGAGGAAAGCCGAAAGUUUCGUUGAUAAAAAGGGUGGCUACCAGUCACCGUACGAUCUUCCUAUGGAGGUAGUCAAGGUAAAGAAGCGCCCAAGUAUGGCAACUCUUAACAAGCCCGUGACAGCACCAGCCGUUCCACCUCCUCCUAAACUCGCAUCUCACCUGCCUCCCCCACCGCCUGCCUCCGUUCCACACUCAUCUCAGCCUGGUGUCAAGCCGCCACCACCUCCUGGUGGAGCCAAGCCGAAGGAGAAGUUCUUUGAGGAGCUUCCUGUUGUCACCAAGGCGCGUCCAGCUUCUCGACAUACAAUGGUGACCGCGUCGCCCGCACAGUCCAGCCCAUACGGUCCACCACCCUCGGCUGGCCCAGCUUCUGUCGUCUCCCGGCCACCUGUUCCUGGAAUGCCCUCUGCUAUGGGUCCUGCUCCCAACUCUCCCCCUACCCAGCAUGCGGAGAUUCCCAACCUCGUUGCGCCGCCGCGCGUCAACCCUUACGCUUCGUUACCGUCCAGCACUACUAGCCUCGCUCCCUCUGUUCCUGCCCCGGCUUCGAGUCGUUAUUCUCCGGCGCCUCCAAGUGGGUCACAACUCAGCACCCCCGUCCCGCCUGCUGUGUCAAGUCGUUACUCUCCUGCUCCGUCAGCUUCUCGGCCGACGAGUUCCGGUUACACUCCAUCUACUUCGGCGCCACCGGUUCUCCCACCAGUUUUGCCGCAUCAGCCCCGUACCUCAAGUCCCUUGGCACAUUUCGAGUCGAGGCCUCUUGUAGCUAGCCAUGGGGAGAGUGGUUUAGCGGAAAAGCGGAGUAACAACUCGUUGUACGAUUUGCGACUCCAAAGAGUGCCUUCUCUGCCUCCGACUCAGGAGGUGGAAGAAGAGGGCCCCAUGCAGGGUAUGGUAUCCCCCAACCAAGUCCCAGCAUCCCUCCAGACCUCUCCGACGGCUUCAAGGCAUGGCGCUUUGCCACACAGGUCUAGAAGAACGCCGCCUCCACAGUCUCUUACUGUGCAGCCGGUGACGUCUCCUCAGAGGGCCACUUCCAGCUAUGAACCUGCGGCUACUGCUCCAGUUCACAACUUUGCGCCACCACCCCGAUCGCAGACCCAAUCCCCCGGUGCGCUCUACGGGAACAGGAAUGCAAAGCCCAUCGACCCGAUCCCUCGUCCUUCGUCGGUCGCUGACACAACUUCGCCGCGGGCUGCCUUGUAUUCUCCUAUUACUAUGCAACCUAGCUCGACUUUCCCUCCUAUUGCCACGACUACCUCGCGCCCGCGUGGUAACACUCAGAAUUUCAACCUAGUGCCCCCGACAGAUGGUAGAGAGCAUGAUCCCCUGCAGAGAUGGCGUGGUGUUCCACUUGUUUCGUGGGGCGUAGGUGGAACUCUGGUGACAAUGUUCCCCAAGGAUGUACCGCGAUAUGGCAUGGGCUCAGCGGCCCCCAUGGUUAUUCGUAGCCCAGGAGAGGUCAAGAUCAAGAGCAUGAAGGAUAUAGAACCGAUGGAGGAGCGGUUGGCCAAAUUCCCUGGUCCUUUGAAGGGGAAGUCGAAAAAGAAGGAAACCAUCACCUGGUUGACAAACGGCAUUGAGACGCUGGAGAAGACGGUGCCUACGAACCUGUCUCAACAGCUCAACCCGUCUCAUGAGGACAAGCGGACGACAGAAAGGCUCUUGCUUUGGAAGAUUCUGAGGGUCUUUGUUGAGCACGAUGGCGUGCUGGAAGGCAACCCGACCGUCAACCAAGCUGUGCGCGAAAUCCUGUACCCGGAGGCUUCAGCCAUUGAUAGUCAGCCUGAGUUUGCGACUGCUCUGAACCCAUCAGGAUUGGGCAACUCCGCCACGACCUCACUUCAGGCCGACUCGGUUGAUUCUUCGGCUGUUGAGCAGAUUCGCAACCAUCUCGUCAGUGGCGACAGUGAAAAGGCUGUUUGGGCUGCGGUCGACAAGCGGCUAUGGGGUCAUGCCUUCCUGCUGGCCAACGCCCUUAACCCUGACCUCUAUAAGCGGGUCGCUCAGGAAUUUGUCAAGAACGAGGUGAAUUCCACCGGUCACAACAAUGAGUCGCUCGCCGCUCUUUAUGAUGUCCUCUCCGGCAACCACGAAGAAAGCGUGGACGAGCUGGUGCCCGCCCAUGCCCGUGCUGGCCUUCAGCUAGUGGCCAAAGAUUCGUCUUCUGGCCCCUCCAAGGACGCCAUGGGUGGUCUUGAUAAGUGGCGCGAAACUCUUUGUUUGAUCCUCAGCAACAGGACUCCUGAUGAUGCCCGGGCCAUCAACUCUUUGGGCAAUUUGCUGGCGGGUUAUGGAAGAGCGGAGGCGGCUCAUAUCUGCUUUUUGCUUGCCAGAAGCCAGUCCAUUUUCGGUGGCUUGGAUAACCCUAACUCCAACUUUGUGCUAGUUGGGUCUGACCAUAGGAGGCAGGCUGACCAUCUUGCUGGUGGUAUCGUGCCCGUCAGCAAUCCUCACUUGGCGGCGUACAAACUGCAACACGCGUAUGCUCUGGCCGAGUAUGGCUUCAGAGACAAGGCGCUUCAGUACUGCGAGGCUAUUAUGGCUGCGAUCACUGCGCAGACGAAGCGCUCUCCUUACUACCAUGCCAUCCUUGAGGUCUAUGUCGAUGACUUGACGAAGCGAUUGAAGCAGGCACCCAAGGAGGAAUCAAACUCUUGGAUCCCGAAGCCUAGCAUGAACAAGGUAUCUGAUUCCAUGUGGAACCGGUUCAACAAGUUUGUCGCUGGAGAUGACAACGAGGAUGGUAAUAAGGGCUCACCUGACGCUGCGGGAGAAUCUGGUCCCUUUGCACGAAUCGCCGGAGGAACCCCGACUAUCAGUCGCUCGCCCUCUGCCAACAAUCUUGAGACUUUUGGUGCAGCCAUUCCCACCUAUGGUAUGCCUACUGUUCCCGUGACAAACGGUCCCAACAUGUUCUCUCCCCCUCCCACCCGGACGGCUUCACGCUACGCACCAGGCGCUCCUCAACCAUCGACUCCGAACUAUAACCCUUAUGAGACGAACUCUCCAUAUGCGCCUCGCUCGUCAGUGGAACGGGCCUCGGGCGAGUACAGCAGAAGCUCAGUUGAGCUCCCGCGUCAGUCCUUGGAUUCUCAGCGGGGUUAUUCGCACAGCAACUACGCUCCUAACCGUACAUCAUCGCCUGCUCAGCCAUAUACACCUUACGGCUCCAUGCCACAGGAAUCAUCCUACCCUGUGCCUAACAUGCAGCCUCAGCCAAGUUUGACAUCGCCACCGACUACUAUCUCCGGUUAUCAACCCUUCACUCCGCAAAACAAUGUCCAAGAAAAUGAUGAGCCGUCUCAUGAACCAGCGUCCGCCCCUUCAACUGGUUACCAGCCACCAUCGUACGGCGGGUACGAGCCUCCCUCAUUCAUCCCUUACGAGGCCGCUGUGACCAACAACGAGGAGGGUGCCUCCAAGAAGAACGGUGACUCAAACCAAGGUGGUGAAGCUGUCAACACCUUUGAGCCCCCUUCAUUCCAACCAUAUAGCUAUGAGCCACCUUCCUACGAGCCGGACACUCAGCCUUCGAAGGAUGAUGAAUCGGAAGGAGAGAAGCCCAAGCCGAAGAAGAAGGGCCCGAUGUACGAUGAUGAUGACGAUGACUUCCCCGCGGUGUCAAAGCCUGCCGGCAAGUCCAAGGCUGAGAUUGACCGGGAGAACGAGGAGAUGGUCCGUCGGAUCGCUGAAGAAGAAGCCAAACGGGCUGCCGAAGCCAAAGCCGCUAAAAAGGGCUGGGGCUUCACCAGCUGGUUCGGCAAGAAGGAGGCUGCCGCCGCGGACGCCGCGGCCGCCGCAAGCAGCCCCGGCAAGCCCAUCCGUGCCAAGCUGGGCGAGGCCAACUCGUUCUACUACGACCCUGAGCAAAAGCGAUGGGUCAACAAGAACGCCAGCCCCGAAGACCAAGCUGCCAAAAAGGCCGCGCCGCCCCCGCCCAAGGGCGGCAUCCCACGUUCCACCGCCUCCAGCCCUGCUCCCCCCAUGGGCAUGGGCGGCAGCGCUCCCAACACCCCCGGCCGCGCCAGCGCGCCGCCUGCCGGUCCGCCGAGACCGUCCGCACUCAUGCCUUCGGCUUCGGAGAAUAACGUCGCUUCAGGCCCGCCUAGUGCUGUUGGUCCUCCCACACCGGGCGGUAACGGACCGCCUAGUGCGGGACUCUUGUCACCGGGUAUGCCCUCGGCGCUGCAGCGUACAAUGUCCAGCACGAGUGCGGCGAGCGCGCCGCCUGCUGGUGCUAGCAAGCCGUUGAGCUCGACGAGUAGUAUUGAUGAUUUGUUGGGGGCGGCGGGGCCGAGGAAGAGGGGCGAGGCCAAGAAGCCGAGGAAGGCGGCUAGGUAUGUGGAUGUUAUGCAGAAGUAG